UUGAUGUACUGUUUAUGUCAAGCAUUACGGGAGGAUUUGUCUUCUUGUUCCUUUAUUACCAAUGGGCAUGUGUGGUUAGCUUGUUCCAAAUGUUAAGAAAUAUCAAAAAUAAAAAAGGGUUUGCUAAUUCAGAUCAACCGCAUGAGACAAAAGCUUUCAUCAACAAAAAUACUCAACAUGCUGAUCAUAUAUCUUCAUUGAGUAAAAAUAUUAUUGAGUACUCUAUUUAUAACGAUUACUUAAAAGAUUUUUCAUACUAUAAGGAGAAGCCAAUGAAAAGUGAAAUUAUUUUGAGGGAACCGGAUACAAAAAUCAGACGAAAACGAUAUGAAAUUGUACCUUUUUCUGUGUAUAAGCAGAAUAAUAUUUACAACAGCAAUAUGUAUUAUUAA